CGUCCGGGGGGCGCCGAGUCCGGCGGGCGGAGACGAGGGGCAGCGGAGCGGGGAUGAGCUCAGGGAGCUGCUCCUGGCAAAGCUGCACCGGACCCAGUCUGAGGACCUGCUGGAGGACCCCACAGAGCUGGAGACGCUGUCCCCAGGAGUGAUGGAUCCCGUUAUCCUAGGGAGCACUGUCUCUGUGGAGACUGGCCAGCCUGGGAUGGCCACCCUGGCUGACCCUGAUUCCCGACCCAGCUCAGGCUUCUGCGAGCUGGGCUCACUGUCGGACUCAUGCCCCUCGGUGCGCAGUGAGGGCCUGGGCUCCCCGUCGUGCUCCUGUCCCUGCUCAGCUGACGAGGCCGCCGUGCAUCUCCUCCACCUGCGACUGCGGUGCCUGACAGGUGCUCGACGCCCUGUUUCCACUGGGGACCUGGAGUCGGUCCGGAGCCUGGGGGAUGCCUGUUUGCAGCGGCCACCCUAUGAACGUGACUUGGUUUCCCGCAGCACCAGUGAGAUCUACCGAUACCCCAGCCCGCUGCACGCUGUGGCCCUACAGAGCCCACUCUUCACCGGCCCGCCCCACUGUGAGCGGCCAGCCCUGCUGCCAGCCACUUUGCCUACCAGCGCUCCCCAGUGCACCUCGGUGCUCUCACCAGAGCGGGGCCGGGCCCGGCUGGACCGCUAUAUCUCCACACUGGUGUUGCGAUACAAGUGUCGUGUGGCCAGUGGCCGCCCCGAGCCCGGGCGCCUCUCGGGCCAGCAGAAGAGCCACUCACUCUCCUCUGUCUGCAGCUCCCUGCUGAGCACGGGGCUGCCAGCAGGCUGGAAGAUCCGUAGGCGCAUCUCCACCUGCUCUCACCUCCGCUCUGUGGAGUGUCCUGAGGGUGUACGUGACCCCACUGGCCUGGAGCUCUUAGGUGGGCACAGCUCCACUGCUUCGUCUGUUGGCUCCAUCCAGUCAGUGGAGCUUGGGGUGGGCUCCCACCCAGAGCUGCUGUCGCCAAAGGGGCACGCCAGGACGCCAGGGCUCCUGGCCCCUCCCUGGGGAGGGGACAGUGCUGACAGCAAGAGGCUCUACCAGGGGAAGCACGCUUCCCGGCAGCUUUUGAAGGCAUUGGAAGACACAGAGCAGAGCUGGCUCAGUCCCCGGGGACUCCUGCGCCGGAUCACCCUCCACUGUCGGCCUGGCAGGCAUGGUGCCCGCUGCAGCUCAGAGGUGAAUGUCUGCAUGGCGGCACCAGGCCCUGAGGACCCUGGGCGGUACAAAUGGGCCUCAGUGCUGGAGAUCUCUGGCCGGCGGGAGGGCUCCAAGCCCUGCCCUGCCCUGCUUGGCCACCACCUUGCCUUCUCCAUGGACUCCUGCUUCCCUGGUGAAGUGGAAGCUGGGCACCGGCUCCGUAGCCAUGCCCUCCCACCACAUGAUGCAGCCACGCUGGGCCCCAGCAGCUCCCGCCUGCGCCGGGCCCGCUCUUUUAAGGAGCUGAAGCGGAUGGUGAGCCGCCCUUUCCGGCCCCUGGGGCUCCGAGGUGGUGGUGGAACGAGGUGAUGCUGCCCCUGGGGCUCUGCUCACAUCACGUGCUGCUGUUGCGGCCUCCGCUCUGCCAGGCCAGGUGCCUUGCAUUUUGCCUGUGGGGCUGGAGGCCUGAACACCUCCACACAGGUGUGGGAGGAGUGCAGGGUGCCCUCAACGGUCCCAACCGCUCUUGAUGUGGCAAGCAUUAAACGCCAUGAUGGGGGGCUCCAGUUCUGUUUAUUUCCAGGAAACCGCAAGUCUGUGUGCCAAGCAGGGAGCCCUCAGCCGCUACCUUUCAGAGCAGGCUCUUGGAGCUGGGCUCGCAGCUGGUGCUCCCCUCAGCCAGGCUCAGGUGUGGUGCGAGGCUGGAGGAGGGGAUGGUGUGUAUGUGAUACCUGCUGGCAGCUGAGGGGCUGGGACGAGGGAGAGCAAACAGCUCAGCUGUGCUCCAGGGAUCCAUUUCCUUAAAGCAGGAGGAGACAGAUGACAGGGCUGAGAGACAUUUGCUUGUGUCUCCAUCAGCUGCAGAGACAGCGAAGGGGAAGAGUGGGCCUCCAGGCCAAGCCCAUGGCACGGGCAGCCCACAUCCUCCUGUGGGACUGGGCCAGGAGCAGUCAUGCUGGAGGCCGGGUGUGUCUGGGAUGCUGAGCCACCACCACGGGAAAGGGCAUGGUGGGAGGUGCAGCCCCGUCCAGGGGAACUGUGGGAGUGUCCGGGCUGCACCUACGAAAACAUGCUGGCGUAGAGCUGCUUCUCCUGCUGGCGGUAGGCACUCAGCUGCGACUCUGCCAGCUCCAGGUAGUGCCGCACGCUGGCGUCUGUGGGGUUGGGCAGAGGGUGAGCCCAGGCCCCCACUACCCCUGCUGCUGCUUCCCCCCGUGCCGCUGCUCACCUCGUGGCUGCAGCAGCGCCGCCUGGGCCAGGCAACACCGCGACUGCUCGUAGUCGUGCAGGUGGUAGGCAGCCACACCAGCACGGUACAGGGCCUUGGCAUUGUGGGGCUGCUGCUCCAGCACCUUCAGGCUGUAUUCCUUUACCCGCUCAUAGUUGACUGGCUCCAUACGCA